AUGAUAUAUAAAUAUCAAGCAAAACAUAUAUUCUUGGUUGACACAAAAGUAUGCAUAUAUUCUUUGUUUGAUACUUGCUACCAACUUGUUCCUUUCUUCUACAACAAGAGAUCCUUUUCUUUGCUUCCUUCCCUAUAGAACUAAUGCUUUUCUCAUUGCCCAUAUAUAUUAAGAGCAUACACCUCUCACACUACUUUUGUUCUUGUUCUAAUUUCUCCCACAAUUAUCUCAACUUCCGUCAUUUUAUAAUUUUUCAUUGGCCUUCUCCAUCUCAGUUUCUUUGAAAGAUGGCUGACCAAAUCCCUUUCAGCAUUGUUGAGAAAAUCUUGACUAAGUUAGGCUCCUUGGCUGUCCAGGAAAUUGAACUGGCUUGUGGUGUUAGAGAGGAGCUAAAAAAACUUGGGGACACAUUGACCACCAUCAAAGUUGUGCUUCUGGAUGCUGAGGAGCGACAUGACAGGGAGCAUGCAGUGGAGAAUUGGGUGAGGAGGUUCAAAGAUGUCAUCUAUGAUGCGGACGACUUGUUGGAUGACUUUGCAACCUAUGACUUGAGGCGAGGAGGAAUGGCAAGACAGAAGCUUGGAAUCCCUGCAACUGCCUUCGUGUCCUUCUCUUUCUCAAUUAUGGAUUGUUGCUUGGAAUCCUUGCAACUGCCUUCUUUACCUUGUCUUGAGGAACUAAACCUGGGUAGAGUCUUUGAGGAGAUACUGUGACAGAUAAUUUGAGUAGAAGUUAGAAAUUGCUAACUGCGGGCAGCUCAACUUGUCAGAUAAAGAGGAUGAUGAUGGUGGCUUGCAAUUUCAAGGCCUUAGAAGCUUGCG